AAGUUGUAAGGUUAGAAUUUUGUGUUUUUAUUUACCCGAUUAUACGAAAUGAUACAAAUCAGUGAAUCACCGUCCCAUUGUACUUAAUUCUUAGUCAAAAAUGGACAAGGGCAGAUUUUCUUUGUUGUUGCUCGAUCCUGGCGAGAUCUACUUCGAAGAUUUCAGCGGCACUUUCAUCCCUCAAGACGCAACUAGGAAAACUUAUGACGUCAAACGGCAAGAGGGACGGCUAAAAAUGUGCUCAAAGUCCUUAGUAUUUGAGCCAAAGGACUUUACUAAACCCCUAAUUAAAAUCCAUUUAAAAGACUGUGUUGUUAUUGAAGAGUGGAAAGGAAGUGCUAAGUUUAUUGAGAGCAAAAAUGCCUUGAGCAUCAGCUGUAAGGAGUACAUAGAGAUGCUCGAGAGCAACGUUAUUGCUCCAUAUCAGUUCAAAGAAAGCGCUAAUUUUCUAUUUGUUCUUAAUUAUGCCAACAUCAGCAACUGUUUGACAAUGAUUGCUCAACUACACAGAGCAAGCACUCUGCCUUCAGUUGAACAAUCCAACAUGAUUGCCGCCAUUGUCCACUCUAGACACUCUAGAGUAUCAUUUGAUCCACUUUGGUUGGACUUGUACGAGACAAUCAUGUUGGAAACUCAAGCCGAUAAAGUUUGUCCUUUGAAUAUCAAUCCGGGACGGUGCGUUUUGACCAAUAUGAGACUGUAUUUUCAGCCUUAUAACAAUGUAGAAGCGUAUUUGGUAUUGAAAAUUAAUUUAAAUAGCAUCAAACGCAUUGUUAAAAGGAGGUUUUUGUUGAGGCACAUUGGCCUAGAAAUUUACUCAUCAAACAGUACCGCUUCAAAUUUGCCCAUUUAUUUGUCGCUUCGUAAUCAAAAUGAAAGGGACAGUUUGUAUGAGGCCCUCUUGGACCAACCGGAACUCAAACUUGAUAAUUUGCAACAAGACGUUAUAACAUUGCAAUGGCAAAACGGCAUCAUAUCAAACUAUGAAUAUUUGCAAUAUAUCAAUAGCCUAGGUGACAGGACUGUCAACGAUUUGACGCAGUAUCCGGUAUUUCCCUGGAUAAUUUCCAAUUACAAAGGCGAAGAAUUGGACUUGAACGAUCCAAGCAACUUUAGGGAUUUGUCCAAGCCUGUGGGUGCUUGGAACGAUGACAGAUUGGCUAGACUUUUGGAAAGAUACAAUGAAAUGGCUGCCCCAAAAUUCAUCUACGGUUCGCACUAUUCCACUCCGGGUUUCGUCCUGUAUUACUUGGCCCGUUUAUACCCGCACUACGUGCUCUGUAUGCAGGGUGGACGUUUUGACCAUCCUGACAGGAUGUUCAAUUCCGUGGCGGACGCCUACAAAAACUGUUGCAACAACAUGUCGGAUUUCAAAGAGCUAAUUCCGGAAUUCUACGACACUGAGCAAGAAGGUCGGUUUUUGUUGAAUAGUAAGGGUAUAAAUUUUGGUUUGAGGCACAAUAAUGUCAAAGUAGGCGACGUUGAGCUCCCUCUAUGGGCCAACAGCCCUAAACAUUUUGUUGAAAUCUUAAAAUCUGCACUGGAAAGUGAUUUUGUUUCCAACAAUUUGCACCACUGGAUUGACUUGGUGUUUGGCUACAAGCAAAAAGGGGAUGAAGCAAUCAAGGCUAAUAAUUUGUUUUAUCAUUUGUGCUACGAAGGAAACGUAGAUUUGGAAUCCAUAAGCGACCCCAAUGAGCGACACGCCUUGGAAAUCCAAAUAAUGGAAUUCGGUCAAAUCCCCAAGCAAGUUUUCACCGUGCCUCAUCCCAAACGAAUCCAGCAACCUCAAAUUCUACCAGCAAAAACUUCACUGUCAAAUCAAUUCAAUUUGAAAACGACAUUCAACAGUCACAAAAACACUGUCAGUCACUUGAUUUUAAGUCAAGACAAAAUCACCUCAGUAGGCCAUGAUUCUAAACUAAAGGUGUUUUCGUUAGAACACAACCGUCAAACCAGGAGUGCCAACAUCGGAAAUAUGCCUUUGAGCAGUUGCGUGCAACUGCCAAACUCUAGCGUGCUUGUCAUUGGUUGCUGGGACAAUCAAAUGUUGCUAUACGAUAUGGACUAUGGCCGAGUGACAAUUGAUAUUUUGGCACACGAAGACGCCGUCACUUGUCUAACUUACGGCCAAAAAUGUCAGUUGCUGCUAUCAGGCAGUAGCGAUUGCAAUGUUAAAAUUUGGAAAGGUCUUGCCGAUAAUCCCAAGGAGCUGUUGCUUCACAAACACUUGGAUCAUAAUUCUGCAGUUUCCUGUAUUCGUUUUGAUCCAGAGGAGAAUUGUUUUGCAGUUGGCACCGAAGAUGGCGAAAUCUACAUUUGGCAAGUGCGCGAUUUUGGGCUUUUUAAAAAGUACAAUUUGGGUUCAAAGAUUAAUGCUUUGGAUUAUAGUCCGGAUGGGCAAAAGUUGGCAAUCGGUACGGAAAACGGGUCGUUUCAAGUGCUAGAAGUCAAUACAGGGAUGCCAGUUUUCAGUAAAACCCUUCAAUCAAACGUUUGCUCUUUGAAGUGGAGCGGGCAACUGCUUGUGAUUGGUUGCCAAAAUGGACUGUUGAGUCUCUGGGAUAUGUUUGAAGUUAGAUUAUUGUUAGAAAUAGAAGCACAUACAGGUGCUAUUUGUUGCGUUGCUAUCACAACGGAUAAGAGUCUUGUAGCAACAGGUAGUCAAGACAAGACAAUCAAAGUCUGGACAACUCAAUCUGACAGCAUUAUUUGACAUAAGGCUGAUAAAUGGUAUUUAAUUUAAUGGUGGAAGAUCUUAUGGUUUAAGUGCAAUAAUAAUAUUUUUUUUUAUAUAAUAAUAUACUAGUUUUGUGAUAUUUUUACUCUAAAAAAAUAAAUCUUUAUUUAUUGA